AUGUCGCAGGUCCAGGAACUAGAGGACGCUGUUCGCCCUCUUUUACGGCCUACGGAAGAGCUCAAGAAUGUCUUGCAAACUCAAACGGAUCGAAUUCAGGAAGCUUCGGGCGAUGACUAUUCAAACUCGGUCUCAGAGGCACUAGUGAAGCGGAGGCUCUUGGCGGUGGUGUCGCAUCGUGACGAAGAGGAGGGUUACGAGCAAGGAUGUUUAUUAAUAUACAAGUUCAAGUCGGGCCUGUUCUUGAAGGGGGACUUGACAGUGCAGCAGGCUUUGCCUAUCAAUAGGACUUUCUCUCUAGCGAUGGCUCAGACCCGCCAUAGUACCAUCGACCUGCGGCCUUCCGAGUCCCACUCGGCUCUAAGCCAAUCUAGAACAGAAUUCUCCUUGAGUGUAACUGCCGGUGAUGGGAAGGAGCCCCUGACUUUGAUAACCCACGACAUCCAAGGCCUAAAAGCACUUCUCGGAGAGUGUAAACGGUUGAAGGCUGAGGCAGAACAGCGCGAGGCAUCGACUGCCCCGAACACUUAUUCUUGGGUACAGUAUUAUACCACCAAACACGUCCCUGUUUCACUAUUGUCGACGAUACCCCCCGAUCUGCGUAUAAUAAACAGACCGUUGCAUACGCGGCUCUCUCCUGCAAGCGCCGGUCUUCCCGGUGACGAUGUGGCCGAUGUGGAACUUGUUCGUGAGGAGUGGAUUCUCAGGAAAGCCGAAGAACUGUGUUCAAAGGAUAAACACGUCCAGCAGACCCGUCUAAGACUUCGCAUCGGCACUUUCAACGUGAAUGGGAAGUUGCCUUCACAGGAUUUGUCCCCAUGGGUGAGAGGUGUAUCGAACAGCGACAGUCCGCUGAACACAUUGCCACCUCUGAAACCCGUCUCGCCUCUCGACCUGGGCGAGGUAAGCAAGAACUCUGAGCCGGUAUGGCCAGACGAGUCCGGUAGGCACUUUUCUACCGACAGCCGUCGAGCAGAGGAGGCGAGUGUGGAGGAGAGCGAAACUGAUCCGGACCUGCUUGUUUUCGGGUUCCAGGAGCUCGACCUGUCAACGGAAGCGCUGCUUUACUCGUCCAAGACAAGUAGGGUGGACGCUUGGACAACAGCCAUUCUCGCCAGUCUGGGAGAGAAAGGCGCUCUAUAUCACAAGCUCGCAUCCAAGCAGCUUGUCGGGAUGCUUCUUAUUGUCAUAUGCAAGACACGCUUGAAGGACAGUUUUCGGGACGUGAAAGUAUGCGCCGUCGGGGCGGGUAUACUAGGAAUCAUGGGUAACAAAGGCGGAACAGCUAUCAGAGUAACAUACGAACCUCGGGCAAGCCCAGAAGCCUCGCCAUCGCGUGCUAUAACCGUGACGUUCGUCGACGCUCAUCUCGCAGCAUUCGACGAGAUGAUGGAAAGGCGCAAUGCUGAUUUCCACGACUUGUCUAAACGACUCGUCUUCGACGUGGUCCCUCUAUCCUCAGAUGCUUCGCUCGUGAAUAAUCUACCUACCACAAUAUAUGAUAGUGAUGUGUUGUUCUGGAUGGUAAACCUGAACUACAGGAUAGAUCUAUCGGACAGUGACAUUCGCACUUUGCUGAAAUCAGAGCCCAAAGAUCGAAACAUAGAAAGUUUGCUGGCUUUCGACCAACUCAGAUAUAGUAUGCGAACUGGUAAAUCCUUCCAAGGUUUCACGGAACAUGAGAUUACUCGCUUGCCUGCAGGCCUGCUCGCCGAUGACCUUGGGUAUGACAUGAAGUGA